AAACAACCCGGAUAUUUGGCGGAAACGGUCAGUUAGCAACAACAGUUGCGGGUUGUAUGAUGCACAAACAGCUGUUAGAGUAAAAACCAACUCAAACCCGCUUUAUCCAUGCUUUUAAUUAAACGGCGCACCAUGCGGGACAGGAGGACGCGCGUGCACGGUGACCGGCCGAUCAGCUGUCGAUGAAAGUAUCGAAGAGGCUGUUCAGAGGACUUUACCUGCUGCUCACUUGCCGGGUCCGGGUCUGAGUAUAGUCCUAGGACAUGAACCAUCAGAGAGGGAGUGGAGCUGCUGGAUCAGACCCCAGACCCCGGACAGGCGCACAGGCAGCAUGAAGGAGUUCCAAUAACCAUUAUUAACACGUUCUUUUAGUCACAAACACAUAAACUGUUCACACAUAACAUGGAACCACUGCUGGACUUUGAAGAGUGUGUCAAAGACUCACCGGAGUUCAGGUAAGAGGAAACACGUUCACGCUGACCAUCUCCACACUGUGCAUGUGCAGGAAUCCUAACCCAGUUUAAUUGACUGUUCAGACUGAAGCUCGAGCUGUUUGAGGCGGAUGUGUCUACGAUGGAAACUCACCUGGACAAGGUACGGACAUCACUGCUCUUAUAUUAAUGCUAACAGUAUUUACAGAGGUUAAACCACUACUUACUGAGAAUACUGCAUUAUUGCCCCUGUUACUUUGCACUUCUGCACUGUUACUAUCACUGCAACCAAUAUCAAAAUAUACAACCUCAUUUCCAAAGAAGCCGGGACACUGCGAUCUCAGAUUAUUCAGCGUCUAUGUGUGACAGGGCUGGGACGAUUUGCUUUUCUCCCGAUUCGAUUCCUCUACGAUUUUUUUGGAUGUCGAUCCGAUUUAAAUUGCGAUUCCACGAUAUUGCCGAAUUUCUCGAUUUUUUUUGUCUGCAUUUUUAACACCAGUGGAACAGCUGAAUGAUUAUGAUUGACUGACUCUUCCAGGAACCAUAUUUUCUUUACCAUAUUUUCAUCUCCAUCUAGAAAAAAAGUAAUUUUAUUGUCAAAAGUGUAAUUAAACCCAAUGUGAGUAGGCAGAUCAUUUAUUGGUCUGCUCUACAACAUCUAACCUGCAAUCCAUCCAAGUUUGGUGUCAUAUAAAUGAUUUUACAGCCAUUUAGUCAGAAAAGUCUCAGACGGACAUCAUUUGGAGAGCUUUGGAGCCAAAUGGUGCCAAAUUGCCAUUUCAAGUGAAAAUAUGGGAUUUGCAUGUUAAUUACUGGUUAUUUCUUUUCCACAAAGGCUACCUCACAGUAUUAGGCAGUUCUAAAUCAUGUAUGUUGUAUGUUAUAUUUUCUACCAUUGUGCACAGCACAAGGCAGUUAAAUAGCUAAUGGAUAAAAAUACAAAAGAUAUAAAUAAUCAUAAACAUAUGGGAUGAUUUUGAAAUAUAGAUUAUGAAAUCUGAAGUAAAGUACAGGUGCCUUGCAUAUUGUUCUAUUUACUUUGUGUUGUUUAUUUAUUGAUAUUUAUUUCUAUCAUGUCUUGUUGCUAUGACUUUGAAAUAGUUCGUUGAAUUAUGUUCUUGGACAUAGAUGGCUGUGGCGGUAGUUAAUAUGUGAAUCAAUUUUUUUCUCCCACCCCUAAUAUGUGAUGUGUUGCUUUGCCUCUAUUCAUCUGAGUACAGACUUAAAUUUUUUCAAACCAUUAAAAUCUUUUUGAUCAGUUUUUUUUCACAGUGUACCAACUUUUUAAAGAGACUCUGCUCCUGUUAAAACUCUUAAAUCUGUCAAUCUGUCCAAUCAGGUAAUGAAGCUGUGCAGUAAGAUGGUGGAGGCAGGACAAGCAUACAGUGCAGCCAAUCAGCUGUUCCUGAGCAGCCUGGCUGAUCUCUCCAUGUACCAAAAGAAGGACAGCGUCAUUACAGUAAGGAGCCUGUAACCUGGAGUUUCUUAUGACCCUCAUAAACCUGUGAGGAUGUAGCUGUCCUGGUCUUGUUCUUACCCUGUCUUUAACUGUUUCUUGUCCUGUUGUCUUGAAUGUUUUGGUAACGUGUUAUUAGAAAAAUGGGAAAAAACAUAAUUCUGAAAGUCAAAAACCCAUUCCCACAAACUUUGAUGAUCCCAAACUCUCCAAGCUUUCAUAGUACACAUGGAGCAGAGUUUCAAACACAUGCACAGCUUCCACACAGGUUAAAGCCUUUUAGUUUCCUGUUUUCCUUUGAAAUGUUCCUCUGUACUGAUUUCCUGUUUCCUCUCCCUCAGAAUUGUCUGAACCAGUUCAACCAGGGCCUGCAGGAGAUGGUCAGCUUUCACACUGUAAGAGCACAUCAACACAUCCUGUUUCCUCUGUCCUGCACAGUCACACUGCUCUGUGAUUUUGGGGCUCAGACUCAAGUUUUGUUAACCUGUCCAGUUAUCAAACUAUAAAGCUGUCACUGCAGGCAGCUUCAGUAGUUUCCUGCUGUGUUCAGCGGUGUGUUUUUCCUCUUUAGAUGCUGUUGGAUCAGACUCAGCGAGCCAUCAGCCAGCAGCUGACCAACCUCUGCACACAGUGAGUACAACCUGGAAAUACACACACACAGGUAGAAUAGACAAGUUGAAAGAGAUAAUGAUGAUGAUGAUGAUGGUUGUGUGUCUCCAAGGUUCCUUCCUCAGCUUGCAGAGACAAGGAGGGAGUUCAUUCGGAUCGGAGAGGAUCUAGAGACAGCAGCGGUAAAGAGCGCUCAGGUGUCCCGACAUAAAGCAGGAGACGCAGAGCGGGCGAGUCACCUGCUGCUCGCCACGCGCAAAUGUUACCAACACUUUGCUCUGGACUACUGUUUACAGGUACGAGCAAACACACACACACACACAGCUGCUGUCAUGUUCCUGCUGGAUAUCUUUCUUUCACAGGUUUUAUCACCAAUGACUGAAAUAAUUUAAAUAUUUCAUUUUUUUUUCAGCUGAACACCUUCAAGACUCAGCAGAAGAUCGACAUCUUUAACUCAGUAAGUUUUGCUAAUUAGAACCCUGACAGGAUGAGGAGAGCCCAGUCAGAGGUUGAGGGAUCCUAGUCACCUUCUCAGGACUCUAACCACCCUGUCAUUCUCUUCACUCCUCUUUACACAGCAGUAAUGACUGAUAUUUCUCUGUUUUUAGGUGUUCUCUUACGUCCACGCUCAGUUUACCUUCUUCCACCAAGGCUUUGACCUGCUCAGAGACCUGGAGCCUACCAUGAAGACCAUGGCAGCACAGGUGAUGACCUCUGACCCUCACCCUUUUUUCUGCCUCCAAUUCGCUGAGAAUCCUGACUCCUGAAGGUGUCAGCUCCUCACUGUCCUCUCUGUGUUUGCGUCUCUGUCUUCUCAGCUGUCUCAGUUGUCGUCAGACUGUGCGACUAAAAGAAAAGAUCUAGAGAACUCACACCUGCUGGUGCAGCAGAGGGUAAGGAAAGUCUGAAACUAGCACUGAGCACAGACAGGCAAGCGUCAGCAGGUCAACAGGAGAGUCAGAUCUUUAGUUGCCUCUCAUGUUUAACUGCAGGAAGAAGUGUGGUAGACCUGAACUGAGUUCUUAUCCUCAUUAAUGAUGUGGACAGAAUCUUAUAGUAUACUUAGACCUAUACCACUUAUAUGUUUGUAAAGUAAUCAUGAAGCUGAAAGUGUUAGUUUAUCCUGGCAUAGCAGAUAGCCUCUAAAGAUCACAGAUUAACACAUUUUAUCUUGUUUGUUCCUGUUUUAUAAACACCUUAGAGAGGAUUAACACCAAAUUACAAUCCCGAGGUGGCUGUUUACUGAUCUGGUCUUUGGCUUAGAGCAGCUGACAAACAAUAAGCAGAGAAUAAAAAAGAAAAAGUCAUUGUUAUAAACCUGAUAUAACAAGUUACCUGUAUAUUUGAAUAUACUGUAUUUGUGUGUGUGUGUACACAAUAAGGAUGCUUCUGGGGAGCCCAUGGUCAGUCCGUGCACGGAGAGCGAUGAUACUAUCCAGGGUUACCUCUUCAAACGCUCCCGCAGGAAAUCCAAAACCUGGAAGAGGUGAGAUUCUGCUCCAGGACUUCAUAUUUCAUAAUUCAUACAUUUCAUCUAUUUCACAAUUAUUCAUUAUCCCAUUUGCCAAAAAAACCCCCACCUUGGUCCCUGAACACACCAUUGGCUCAAGGUUAUGUUAUGUAAAAAUUAACGGAGUUCAUGAAGUCAUAAAUUUACAAAGUGAAGAGUAGCGGCCCCAGGAUAGAACCCUGCAGUACCCCAUAUUUGAGGGGUUAAUUUAAGGAUUGGUGACCAUCCAUACUUCCCUACUGUAUGUAUAGUUUCUAAAACAGCUUAAGGUGACACCUCCAGUGACUUCUUCAUUAAACAUGCAUGUGAAGUAUUUUAUAUCUCUGUCUGUAGAUGCCAAAUCUUGUUUUUGAAAACUUGUUCCAGAUGCUGGUUUUCCAUCAGAGACAAUCAGCUGAUUUACAGGAAGUCACACAAAGUAAGUCUGAACAGAAAUCAACCUGCUGUAUGUUUUAAAGCUCCUGUAAGGAACUUUUUGUGUUGAUUUGGAGACAAAGGGACACGUCUUCUGUCUAUGAUUGCUGAAGAGUGUUUCAUCUGACCUAACCCCGCCCCCUGUGGAUGUUAUAGAUAUUUGCCAUCAGAUGUUUGAAGCUGUUGGGCAUGAGAUGGGGAACAGGCACUAAAAGAAAGACAAGAUUACAAAAGUUUGAAGAGUCUGACGUAUUUCUCUGCAGGAGGACAAUGUGGUUCUGUUCGAGGAUCUCAGACUGUGUGCUGUUAAAUCUCUGGAGCAAAUCGACCGAAGGUUCUGCUUUGAGCUGCUCUCAGUUCAGAAGUAAGAUGAUUAGAAACAGUGAAAUCCUGCCCGUUUAUCUCAGCUCUGUCUGAUUCUGUGUGUGUGCUCUGUGUUAGGUGCUGUGCUCUGCAGGCUGACUCGGAGCAGUUGAGGCAGGCGUGGCUCAGUGCUCUGCAGGGCAGCAUCGACCUCGCCUACAGAGAGAGAGCCGACCCUCAGACCACACAGGCAGGUUUACCUAAACACAUCACAUCUAUUCAGAUUUUUGUCCCAGAAAAAUGUCAGUCUUUAUGUUAAGGAUGUGGAGGGAUAGUUACAAGAACGUGGUCAUUUGUCAUUAAACUGUUCAUGUUUAUCCAUCUAUGUAGAAGGAGGAGUUUACAGCUGGACGUGUUGUUGGAGCUUGUUUUGAACCAUUUUUCUGAUGACUUGGUAUAGACUCCUCUGAUCCUGAGCCCUUUUAAGAUGGAAAAGCUGUAGUCUGACUGAUCCAAAUUUGAUUUUCUUUUGGGGAGUCAUGGAUGCUGCAGCCUCCUCUCUAAAGAGUAGAGGGCUUAUUCUCAGCUCAAAUCCAGCAUCCCUGAUGGUAUGGGAGUCAUCAGAGUCCAUGUCAUGGGUAGCUUCCACAUCUGUGAAGGCUUGAUUAGUACAGGUUUAGGAGCAACAUCUGCUGACAUCCAGGGAAGACCUUCAUAUUUCAGCAAGAUAAUGACAAACCACUUUCUGCAGGGAUUACAACAGCAUGGCUCUGUAGAAGAAGAGUUCUGCUGGUGAACAGCUUAAAGCAGGAAUAUGAAAAAUGUGCUUCAAACUGUCUGGAGCUUUCUCUUUAUCACACAUCUGUGUAAAACUCACUCACGUCCAUCUUCCCCUGCAGCCUAAAGAGCUCCCCCCUCCUCCAAGUGGUGGAGAUCCCGCACCAGGUCCCCCUACUCAGAAGCUGCAGGUGCUGGGUGUGGCCCUCAGGGGUCCUGGAAACAACCAGUGCUGUGACUGUGGAGAGGAGGAGCCUCGUUGGGCAUCCAUAAACCUUGGAGUCACCAUGUGCAUUGAGUGCUCGGGCAUACACAGGUAACAUGACACCUGACAGGAGAGGUGUGACAUCACUGUAUCAGCUGAUACCUGAGAGCACAGCACUCCCUCUGAUACUGACUGAAGCUUUAUUUACACCAGCUGCUGAGGGCUCCAGGCCUUUAUGACAGGGUUUAAGUCAGAUCCUCAGUAUGAUAGGAAUGUUUGAUCAGCUCCUGGUCAGCCUUGAGAUCUUAUUUCAUGACCCUGUUUGUAAAUGUGUCAAAGCUCUGUGGCUGUUUCAGUUUGAAACCCGCUCAGAAAUUCAUUGGACUCAUCUUUUCUUUUCCUCAAAAAGGCUGAUAAUAAGGAAUGGUUUCCCGGAUUGCAUGUCAUGUUGCUUGUGUUAUGUUUUUCUGAUUCUGUAGCCUGGCAAGGUCUAUCUUAGCAAAAAGGAUGUUGAUCCAGUGGGACUUUCUGGUUAAAUAAGGAUUCAGUGAAAAAGGAUAUAAAGUGAAGCUGCUACUGCUAAUAGAUGAGUAAUUAAAGAAGUAUUUGAAAUAAUGGAUGAACGUAUAAAUAACCUCUAUGUAUCUAUCUGUUUAUCCACCCAGCUGUAAUGGAGCUGAUAAAAACAAACUUUAUGCUCAGUUUUUUACAAUGUCUCACUGACAUGCUGUGUUUUACACUUUAAUAUUUAACACUGUUUAGAAUAUUCUAUAAUACUGUAAAUUAACUCUACUUCAGUUAUCUCACAUUGCAUUAUCAAUUUCUAGGAGUCUGGGUGUCCACCUGUCCAAGGUGAGAUCUCUUACUCUGGACUCAUGGGAGGCUGAACAAGUAAAGGUGAAACACACACACGUUCUCACAAUAAGCACACACAUUAACAUACAAAGAGAGUCUGUUUUUCUAUUAUAAUUCUUGAUCAAUGAAUAAUUCUGACUUGGUAGCUUUAACUUUCGCUUUUUUAUCAUUAUCAACACAAGACUAAAAUUCCAGAAGUUGUAAUAAUUUCACCUCUAAGUUACAGAGUUGCCAAUUUGUCAUGAAAAUUUAAUGAUAACUAUUUUAGACAUGAAAACCAGAGAGGAGAUGAUACUGGCUUUAAUCUGAACUCUUCUCGACAAGAUCCCACUGACUUUGGUCAGUUGUCUUCAUACCAGACUUUUCUUUCUCUUCCUGUUUAGUUGCUAUGUGUUCUAGGAAAUCAUGUCAUGAACCAAAUCUAUGAGGCUGAAUGUUCAGAGCAGGGGCGAGCCAAACCCAGAGCCAACAGCCCCCGGUAAAACCUAUUUGAUACCUCAUUUAGUGUUUCUGAUUUUUGGCUCUUUUGGUAGUGACUCUGGGGUGGAGAUUCUUGCUUGGUUGAUAUUAUUUGUUUGCUUUAUUUUCAGGGCAGAGAAAGAGACGUGGAUCAGGGAGAAAUACGUGGAAAAGAGAUUUGUGCAAAAUCACAGUUUAGACAAAGUUUGUAAGUUAAACUCUUACCUUGAGCCUCCUGUUACACAGUAAAAUCUUCUGGAAAGCUUAAAUUAAACAGCUUAGAAUAAAUGCGGCACAGUUUAAUCUUGAUAGAGAUUAUAGCUUGUAUUUUGUGAACAUAAACAGAUUUCUGACAGUCUGGUAACUGUUUGAAGUAACUGAUCUUUUUCUGUAUUUAAUGCGCCCUUCCUUCACUUUUAGGUAAUGGGAAAGAUGAUGCUGGGUUGCGUCUGUACCAGGCGGCAAAGGCAGGAGACUUGGUUACGAUGGCACACACGUUGGCUCAGGGGGCAGAGGUCAAUGGGAGCAUCACUAAAGAGGAGGGGCGUACGGCGCUGAUAGGAGCUGCAGUUGGGGUGAGAAAGAAGAGGAGGUCUUAACAUAAAGAAAAACUGAACUCACAGCUUCACCAACACAGCACAGAAGAGAAACACAGGCUUUAAUUUGAACCUGUUGGGUUUCCGUUUGUUAUAAUUCCUGUCUCUGCCUGUAGGGGUCACUGUUAGCUUGUGAGUUUCUGCUGCUGAACGGCGCAAAUGUCAAUCACAGAGACCGGAGAGGACAGGGAGCUCUGCACGCUGCUGCCACUGCUGGACACACCGGGUAAAUACACAGAAAAACACACAAAAGACACAAACACACUGUGAUGUGAAAAAAACACAGCUGAUUCUUAUUGGCUGCUAUAGACAGGUGUGUCUGCUGCUGAAGAGAGGAGCCAAUCAGUACGCGGUGGAUGAGAGGGGACAGGACCCAUUGGCCAUUGCCGUGGAAACUGCCCAUGCAGACAUCGUCACACUGUGAGUCAUUGGUGUGCAUGUAAAAGAGACCCCCUAACCCCCUUUUCCCUCUCCCUUACACACCCUUCAUCUCACUUGUCACAUCUCCUGCCUGUGUCUACCUCUUGGAAAACAGGAAUAUACUGUCCUGAAAUCCACACUACAAAAAAAAACCUCAAACCAAAUUUCUGCUCGUCAUGUCAAAGAUUUACAUUAAUAAGAAUAUAACCAUCGAAGCAUUGCUGUCUGUGUCUGUAUCAGUUUAAAUCUUCUUAUUCAUAUUUCUGUUAUGAUGCUGUUUGACUUUGUUGUAUGUCUCUUUUUUUAACUUUGUUGGGUUGUUGGGUCAGAAUCUGUUCAGCUCAUUGUCCUUUCUAUCAGCUUGCUGGCUGACACACACACACACACACACACACACACACACACACACACACACACACACACACACACACACACACACACAAAACAUCCAAAAAUCAGACAUGAAGUGCAGAAACCUGUGGUUUCCCUGUUGUGUUUUAGAUUUUAAAAAAUGAAAGAGUGAAUUGAAGCUUUUCUUACAGAUGAUAUCAGUAAACAGUGAGUUUAUGAUUAAUCACUGUUUCAGGCUGAGGAUGGCCAGAAUGAACGAAGAGAUGAGAGAUUCAGAGGGAGUCUUUGGAGCCAUGGGUGAGUACAUCGACCCAUGUAGAUUAAACAGUGAAUACAUAUCACAUACAACAGUUUCAAGUAAUGAAACCUGCGGGUUCUCUUCAGCAGACGAUGAGACUUUUCAGGACAUCUUCAGGGACUUCAGCAACAUGGCGUCUCACACUCCAGAGAGGCUCACCAGACGGCAGUUCAGCCGUAGAGGAGAGGAAGAGGGGGAGGAGGAGGAGGAGGAAGAAGAGGAGGUGCAGGACAGAGGUGGGAAAGUGAACAGUGUUGAGAAGAGGUCAGAAUGACAGGAACAGAGGCUGGAGGCCCAUCAGACUGCAGACUGGAGAACCACCUACCCUCUGGGUAAUCAUGAGGACAGACAGCAUGAACUUUGAAUGAUAGACUGAUGACUGAUCUGUUAACACAGUUUAGUUUGAAUACCAACAGAGAGAGCACACAUAUGCUUCAUGAACAGUUACUGGAGAUGGACAUAGUGCUACCUGAGUUUAAAGGGACUGGGAAGGAAACGAAGCUGAGCUGCUGUUUCCUUUGUAAUCAGAUUAUUUAAUUUUUCUGUCAUCCAGCAGAAAAGGAAAAUGAGGAGAAAAAACUGUCCAGAGUCAAAAGAUGGUCAGAGCAGUUUUAAGACGCUGAAAUAGCAACUUGCUAGAUAUUCCAUCCCCCUAUUUUGGUGUCUGAGCAGGUAAAAAGUUUUUGAAUCCCUCCUUCAGAUUGCAUUGUUUGGUGGUGAUUGUUAAGCUAGGGAUGUAACGGUAUGGUCGGUCUCAAGCAAGAAUAGAGUGCAAUAGAAGUGUCGCCAUACUGGGGACCUGUAACAUUAUGAGUUCACGUUCAUCUUUGCACUCCACUGACUCAGAUGUCAAAGAUGAAAAUGGUGAACACCGGCAUCUGUGGCAAAGAACAGUUCAGUGUUAAAUCUGUGGAUGCUCCAUCAGCUUUUGAAUCUAACACUGACUAACCCCUCUGCACAUCCCUGCUUGUUUACAUCCGGGUAGUAGAGAAUCACAGCAUUAUGGCAGCUUGAUUCAGCAUCCUGAGAUAAGGAUGCAUUCAUAGGCUGCAUUUAAAGGGGACUUAAAAAUGAGAAAGCUUUGCACCUUUAUCUGGAAUAGACAAUGUGUUGAGGCAUGAGGCAGGUGUUAGCCCAACAGUCCCGUUACAUUUCGAAUUUAGUUCAGAUUUAACACACGAAACAUCCUAAUCAGCGACCUGAUUGAGUGUCUUUGAGACAGAGCAGGGUGACCUUCCAUCUCUACUUCCAUUGUUUAAGCUAUGCUGCGCUAUCACAACCCUUACCUUGCAGUUUGUGGGAAAGCAAAUAUGUUUUUUUCCAUUUCUGUGUUACAUGACAGUAGAUUUAAAAAAAUCUGUCCCUCCCCACUCACAUUAUUACCAUGCUGAUUUUCUUAGCAUGCUGAUAGUGUCUAUUGGACUGAUUCAACUCUCUAGCCUGAAAUAUUCCCACGCUGCUGUUAUCUAAGCCACAGGUUUACCAAUGCAAAGUUAGGCUGCUAGCUCAAAACGUGUUCAGUUUACAACAGCUGAUUUAAGUGAUCAGGAUGAAAUGAUUGGCUCAGAUUGCUGACGUCUGAUCAAUGAAAUAUGCCCUGAUUGGCUCCGAUCUGACAUUCUGAUACCAACUCUGUAAAGUCCAAUGACUUGUGUGAGUGUUUGUUACAUUUCUGUCGCUAUUACUCCUCUUCUCUGAUCAUCUGGUGCACACAGCACUGCAGAGUCAGCCAAGGGUCAACCAAGCUGUCGAUCAUUUUUGUAAUCAAAUAUCUAAUUCAAACAAAACUUGCAAAUAAUUGAUCAUGUGGGCAUAAAUGAGCACAAAUCCACAAAUCAAAUGACAGCAACCAUGUUUGACAAGCAUUUUUUGACCUGUAUUCCAAUUAUGUAGUUUGACCAAUGUCCUAUUUGUUAACAUGAAGGAAGUGGAGUUUAUAAGCAGCCAGUCAGCAAGGGGAGCUCUAAACACUUUAGUGCACUCAGGAUAGCUUGUGUUUUGUUUUUUGAUCAUGAUAUUGAGUAAUAGGCACUCUAACUGCUGUUUCACAUUAAAAAAUGUUAAAAGUCUUUAAAGUUUUGUUUUUUUUAGACUUUUUUAUUUAUUUACAACUGUGGCUAAUACCAGUUAAAGAUGCAAAAGAAAUACCAUGAAAAGGGAGAAAAAAAACAAAGAUUUAUUUUAUACAGUCUUAAAAGUGGUCAUUUUAAUCACCCUUACAGUCUGAAGUGCCUUCUGAUGGAGCUUCCUUUAUCAUGUUUUUAGAGUCAGGGUAAAAAGGGACCCUGAGGUCACUGUCUUUCAUAGAGAGGAGCCUCUGCUGCUGAUAAAUAGUCACGACGUGUGCUUUUAAAUUGAGCUGUGUUUUUCUGCUGUUUCCUCCUUUGUGUUAAAAGGGAUUUAAAGUGUAGCUGCAGCUUCAGAAUUAUGCUGUUUUAUCUCUUUAUAAGGAUUCUAGACAUUUUUAUUUUUGAGUUUUACAGCUACAAAAAUAUAUGUGACCCAGUCUGACUGCUCGGUUUGUCGUGUGUAAUAACUGUUUGAUGUUGAAAAAUAUUUAAUUGUGACUGAAAGGACCAACAGACUGUAAAGAGAGGAUUUUCACCCUGAAGCAGAGCUGCUGCUGUUACACUAGGAUAUUUUACUGAGAUUCAUCGAUCAGUAGACGGUUCAUAAUCUGUUAAACUCCUCACUGCGUCAUUUAAAAACAGAUUUAUGGACCUUUUUCUGUCCUCAGUGCAAACUGAAGGAGCAGAAAGAUGUUUGAUUUCUGCUUCAGGGUGGAUUUUUCCUCUUUACUGAAAAGACAUUUCAUUUGAGACUGUUACUAAUGUGAUGCUACUGCUUAAUAAAGCCACUAAAUACAGGUUUAUGAGUGUGUCCCUAAUUUUCUGUACAGACUCUAGAUCUAGAGCAUGAUUUCUGACCCAAACCUGAAAUCAACAGGUUCAUUCAAAAGAACAUAUAUUGAAGCUCCAGUGUUUCUCUGGGAGUUUUUAAAUGGUCAUAAAACUGACUAAAAUUGACACUGCUGCUUCUUUAUGACCAAUAAAACUAACAGGAACAUUAAAUGAGAGUUUGUGUGCAACUAUCAGAUCUUACUAUGACAAGAUUCUCCUGCUUUUACAACUAAAGACAAGUGGAUAGAAAAUAACUGAUGAUUUGUCCAAGUGGUGAAAGAGAAGAGGAGGUCUUAACAUGAAAAACUGGGGACUGCCGGUGGUCCAAUCCUUUGGACUCCGCCUGUGCCUGCCCCAAGUGCAAAUUUGUUUUCAGGGUUUUCUCCCCUAGUCAAAGCACCCUCCCGGGUUUACCCACUUUGCAGUGGGGCAGUGGUAUGUUGGUCGGGCCCACUGCUCCUCUAUCUUUCAGCCUGAGGUCGCAGGACCUCAGUUAGCAUGUGCUGCCACGAGAAGGCAAGGGAGGGGUCUUGGUGAAGGAGAGGCUAUGUACUGAACUCGGAAGACUCACGCACUCGGCUUCUUUUACCCAAAGUGGGUUGGUCAGCGGCAGGAACUAAGGGAGGGGGGUCACAUGCGUCCCUACAUGCAACGUCUCUCUAGCACGCUGCACUAGACGCAUCGGUCCUGCACUGUGCGAGCAAAGCCGCAAGCACACCAAACCCAAACCCCGUCCAGGGAUAUGCAGAUGACAUAGUCAUAGUCUCCAGACAGGAGAACAACAUGAACAUCACGCUCUCCAAUACCGACUCCUUUUUAGAGUUGUCUGGAUUAGAGGUCAAUGCUACAAAAUUUGCCGUUUUUCAUGAGAAGCAGAGCGGGGGGAACUGCUGGUACCAGUCAAAAAAAGAUGUUUUUUCCACCUUUACAGUAAUUCCACUACUGGAAACCUGUCGUGUUGCUUAAUGUUGCUCCUAAACCUGUAGAUAUUGUUCAGCAUUAAUGGAGCCACAGAUGUGGAAGCCUGUGACAUGAACUCUGGUGAUCCCUGUACCAUCAGGGAUGCUGGAUUUGGAUAGGGAGCUGAUAACAAGCUAGUUGGUCUCUCUUUUCUACAAAGUCGAGGAUGAAGCAUCCAUGAUUUCCAUAAAGAAUGUCAAAUUCUAUUUCUGAAUCCUGUCUCUACGUGGUUUCCUCUUUGCAUGGUUCAGUUUUAACCUCAUUUGUGGAUGCAGUGAUUAACUUAGUUCAGGAUAUUAGUUUUUGGAGGUAAUUUUGAGCCCAUGCAGUAAUUUCCACCCCAGAGUCCUGUCCGUUUUUAAUGCAGUGCUGCCUGAAGGCCUGAAAGUCAGGACCGUCCAGUCUUGGUUUUGGUCCUUGUCCCUUUAUUUUAUAACCACAUUAGUUGAAGAUGUUCCUCCAGCAGUUUUUUUUUAGCAUUACACAACUUGGAACUGAGAAUUGUAACUGCAUCAUCCCCUAAAACAUUCAGGUACGCCACAGUUUUCUGAUUUUAAUUAGUAAGAGUGAAAUCAGCAAUUUGAGGUUGACAUCACUCUACAGGAAAUAACUGACACUUUUCUAAUGUCAGGCAGAUGUUUUAAUAAAACUCUCAUAUUACAAACACAUUUGUAGAAACAGUUUAGUCUCUGACCAACAAACUUCCACUCCUGAAAAGAUAAAGCACUCAUCUUUUAAGAGUUUCAAAUGUCCCACUCUCUGCUCAAACCUCAAAUGCCCCUCAGUCCUGUUCUUUCUUUCUCUUCUUCUUGCCCUUUUUCUUUUGCUGCUCCUCUUCCUCUCCUUCUUCUGUAUUUUUUCUCUUGGAUGUCUCCUCCACCUGUUCCAUGGUGUCCCACACCUCGUCCUCCUCCUCCUUCACCUCCUCUGUCCCUCCCUCCCCCUUUGCUCCCCCUGCCUCCUCCAGGUCUCUGCUGGAGAGCAGGAUACAGUUGAGGCGGGACUUAAGGUAGACUUUGUGUUGCAGUUUGCGGUCCUCCAGGCUGUGGAUGCGGAGAAAGCGGUCCAGGCCACAUGAUGCCACCACAGGCUGGGAGGGGUGACAGUGCAGCCCACGCACACCCCCUGCCAGCCCCUUCAGACAGCCGCGGACCACACCUUUCCUCAGGUCCAGCAUGGCGAUCUGCCCAUGGGUGUUUCCUACCACCACUGUGUUCCCACUGGCUGGCAGAGACAGAGUGGUAAGCGGGUACUCGCCAUACUCAGCCUCCAGGACUGGACGCCGCUGAGGGGUGGAAGGAUCAAACACGUGGACCUGACAGAGAAGAGACAAAAAGGUUAAAUCUACUGGAUACUUCUGACCACAUGAGGGCAGAAAAAACCUGUGAGGAGCUGGGGUCCUGGUUUGUAAAGCUGACAUUAUCUGUAUUUAAACUAGGAGAAAAUCAAAACCACUCAUAUUAUAGUCAUUAAAACAAAAAUGUUUACUCUGUCACACUGAGUUUGUAGCCAGGGCAGCUAAACAUCAGAGGCUACAGGUAAAUAAUGCCAAACUGGUUUACAGACAGUGGAUACCACAAGCACAUUUGUAUUCCUGUAUUGGUUACUCACUGCUCUUCUUGAAUGUUAACUGCCAGUUAAACCAUAUGCUGCCGGCAUACAACUGUAUCUCCAUUUUCAUCCGUGCUUGUUUACACCCGGGCAGUAGAGCAUCACAGCAUUAUUGCAAAGCUAGCAGCGGGUGGCUGUGCUACAAACUUGGACACAACAUCUGACCAGUAUUUCAGGCCUUUGAUAAUACAUGUAUGAAAACUCAUUCAACUAACAAGCAAGUCUGACAACUUUCAAAGCGCCUGUGAGAAACUUUCUGUCUGUGUGGACAAAGUGAGCACCAAAGUUAUUGACACCCUCUGUAAAUAGCUGCUGUUGGAGAAAGCAGCUGUUUCCUCAGAAUACCUAGCACCCCCUUAAUGCAGUCAGAGGCUUCAGCAAUCACAGUGUGGAAUAAGUCACUCUUGUCAAUCAUUGUUCUCCUCAGUCUGUUUCAUAACCUAUCAAAAACUUCUCAGUGGAGCUUUAAUCCUUUAGACGACCACACUUGAAAACCCAAGAGUGAGCUGUAUUUACAGCCCAGGGAGGGGGUUCCAAGGUUUCUCUACAGUGGCCUCUGAAACACUUAAGCGGUAAAUAAAGUUUGAACCACCUGAGAGUAAACAUCUAAAAAUAGUUGCUUUUUAAAUGGAGUUUGGUCUAUGCGACUUACAAGUCCAAUGUUUCAGAGACAGUUUUCCACCCCUUUUUUUGGUCCACCAGCUCAAACUAACCUGAUGGUAACCUGUGCAGGUGACCACUUUGUCAGAAUCCGGGAUGAAGGCCAUGUCUCUGACCCACUGCGGCCUCCGUAAAUCCAGCCAGUCGUCCCGCAGGUUCUUCGCGGUGAAUAAUGGUUUCUUUGGUUCCUCCAGGUCCCA